AUGCAGCAUGUUUCAAUGUUUGGAUACCCCACUCCACCAGCAUCACCAGCUUUUGGCCAGCCUUGCGGGAUCCCGAGCCAGCACAUCACCGUCCAGCAGCCGUGCCUACCCCGGUUCGUUCCAAUCGCCCCGGAGGAGAGGUUAGGAAGGUUUAUCACGGACUCAUUACAACUCACGGGCAUCGUGGGCACCGGCGCCUAUGGGGUUGUUUACUCGGCCGUCGACAAGAGGAGCAAUGUCCAGUAUGCCGUCAAGUGCCUCAGCAAGUUCAACCCUGACGGUACACCACUGGACCGCCGCCAAGUCGCCUUCCAAACCAGGGAGAUCCGGCUGCAUCACCUGGCUUCGAACCACCGCAACGUGGUUUCGAUCCUGAAGAUCAUCGACUACCUGGAUUGCAUUUACGUUAUUUUGGAGUAUUGCCCCGAAGGCGACUUGUUCUACAACAUCACCGAGCGCGGGCAGUAUGUGGGUAAGGAUGAGUUGGCCAAAAACGUCUUCCUCCAGAUCCUGGAUGCCGUGGGGCACUGUCACAGCCUGGGCAUUUACCACCGGGACUUGAAACCCGAGAACAUUCUCGUCUCAGACCAGGGAGGGACUGUCAAGCUGGCAGACUUUGGCCUUGCUACUUCCUCUGAGCGAUCCGAAGACUACGGCUGCGGUUCGACGUUCUACAUGUCUCCAGAAUGCCUGGAUCCCUCAUCAAGGAGGCCGUUCUACUACUGCGCUCCAAACGAUGUUUGGAGCCUGGGAGUCAUCCUGGUGAAUCUCACCUGUGGACGCAACCCAUGGAAGCAGGCAUCCUAUGAGGACGCCACGUACCGGGCAUACACCAAGAGCCAGGACUUUCUGAAGACCAUCCUUCCCGUGACGGAUGAGUUGAACGACAUACUGGGGAGGAUAUUUGCUCGGAACCCGGACGAGAGGAUCACGCUACCCGAGCUGCGUGCUCGGAUUCUCGCCUGCUCCCGGUUUACCGAACCACAACAGACACCGCCUGCUUCGCCAGGACCCACGACUUACGUUUGCGAGGAGCUCAUCAUGGACGAGUACGACUACGAUUACGAGGCAUCACUCUCCCCUGCUUCCUCGGUUGGGGAAUCGACGUGCUCGUCGGACGAAGGGUCUCUCGCCUCGACUGGUUCAAGCAUUGAAGACUUGGAGGAUGACGAUUUCCUGGACGACAUCCCCGAGGCCAAGACACCUCCCCCACAGGCGCAAGCGCCCAUGGGAGAACCUGCGAUUUACGAACCUGAAGAACCGAGGGUUAUGCAAUACCACCCGCCACAGGAGUAUCUGCACCCCUUCCCCAUGGCGGUUCCGGAGCCCGUUCAGGCGAUGCCUGUACCUGUCCAGCCAUGUGCGCCGCCGCCCAAGUUUCAGCUGCACCAAUAUGUCUGGGACAUGUUGAGGUAUGGGCACCCGACACCGCCGGUGCCCCAACUUCACCACCUUGUUCCGUUCCACCAUCAGGUUCCUCUGUUUGCCCACAUGCAGGGCUGCUACUAG